CAGAGAGACACACACAGACAGAGACACGCAGAGAGACACACAGACAGAGACACACAGAGACACACACAGACACACAGAGACACACAGACAGAGACACAGACACACAGAGACACAGAGACACAGACAGAGACACACAGAGACACAGACAGAGACGCAGAGACACGCAGAGACACGCAGAGACACGCACACAGAGACACACAGAGACACACAGACAGAGACACACAGAGACACGCAGACACACACACACAGAGACACACAGAGAGACACAGAGACACACACACAGAGACACGCAGAGAGACACACAGACAGAGACACACAGAGACACACACACACACAGAGACACACAGAGAGACACACAGACACACACAGACACACAGAGACACACACAGAGACACACACAGACACACACAAGAGACACGCAGAGAGACACACAGACACACACAGAGACACAGAGACACGCAGAUACACAGACACGCAGAGACACACACACAGACAGAGACACACAAAUACACAGAGACAGACACAGAGACACACAGACACACACAGACAAAGAUACACAGAGACACACACAGAAACACAAGUACAGAGACACACACAGAGAGACACACAGACAGAGAGACACACACAGGCAGACACACACACACAGACACACACACAGGCAGACACACACACACACCUGGGGAGGGACACGCGGGGGGGGCCUGUUGGACGAGGAGUCGGAAGGGAGUGACGAUGGCCUGGGGGGUGGACCUGUGGGACCAGUUUGACGCGGUGGAGCGCCACACUGGAUGGGGUCUCGAGUUCCUGGAGCGGCUCUCCAAGUUUGUGCGCGAACGUGCCGAUGUGGAGGCCUCCUACGCCAAGCAGCUGCGGAACCUGCAGAAGAAGUACCUGCCCAAGCGCGUCACCGAGGAGGAGAACAGCUACACGUCUUGCCGCGCCUUCUUUGCGACGCUGCAGCAGCUGGGCGACUGUGCCGGGCACCGCGAGCUGCUCGCCGACACGCUGGCGGAGCGCGUGGUGGGCAGCCUGGCGCGCUACCACGCCGAGGCCAAGCAGCAGCGCAAGGCGGGGUCUCCAGGUGUGACUGGUGAAGCUGGCCCACCUGGGCCUACAGGGAAGAGGGGGGCGACUGGUCAGACGGGGCCCGAGGGGAGGCAAGGGGAGAAGGGAGGCAAGGGCGAGCCUGGGGCUUCGGGGCCGCCAGGCAAGACAGGCUCCGUUGGGCCUCAGGGCGUCUCCGGCAAGCAAGGGCCGGAGGGCCUCAGGGGGCUCCCGGGGCCGCAGGGUGAUCAAGGCAAGCAAGGAAUACGAGGCUCAGAGGGGCCUCCAGGUCCUGUGGGACCGCCAGGCCUUCCUGGACUCAAGGGCGACUCCGGGUCCAAGGGACAGAAGGGACACUCCGGCCUCAUCGGCCUCAUCGGCCCCCCGGGCGAGCAGGGCGAGAAGGGCGACCGAGGCCUCUCGGGGCCCGCCGGCACGCGGGGGCCCAAGGGAGAACAGGGAAUUCCAGGCCCGGCUGGGCCAUCUGGCCCUGGAGGAUCCGCUGGCAACCCUGGUGCUCCAGGACCAAAGGGAGCUAAAGGUGCAUCGGUGACGGACAGCGAGGACUCGCUGAGCGUGGUGGAAGGGGAGAUCCUGUUCGUGGUGACGGGCGACGGCGGUGACGGCUGGACCCGCGUGCGCCGCGGCUCCGACGAGGGCUACGUCCCCACCUCGUACAUCGAGCUGCACGCCGGCACAGCCACCAGCGGCACAGCCACCAGCGGCACUACCGGCACAGGCACUACCAGCGGCGGGGGUGGUACCGGCGACGCGGCCAUCACCUACAUCUAG